AUGAUUGUUCAAUUAAAGGAUGGUAAUUAUUUAAUAAUUAUUGUAUUCCUAUUUGUGGGGAUGGAUAUGUUAUUGAAGGUUUUGAGGAAUGUGAUGACGGAAAUAUAAUUCCAUUUGAUGGUUGUUUUGAAUGCUAAUUUUAAUGUUAAAUUGGUUGUAUUGAGUGUUAGGAAAACUAAUGCUUAAAAUGUGAUGAAAAUUAAUAUUAAUUUGAUGUUUAAAAUUAAAAUGUACUUAAAUUAACCAUGUUGA